AUGUCUUUCUUUGGUGUAGGAAAUCCCUUUUCUACGCCGGUAGGGCAAAAAAUAGAACAAGCUACAGAUGGAUCCUUACCGUCGGAGAACUGGGCCCUUAAUAUGGAAAUCUGUGAUAUUGUGAACAGUAGCACAGAUGGGCCUAAAGAUGCCAUAAAGGCUAUAAGAAAGAGGUUGACACAGAGUGCUGGGAAGAACUACACAAUUGUGAUGCACACUCUGACUGUGCUUGAGACCUGUGUAAAGAACUGUGGCAAGUCUUUCCAUGUCCAGGCUUGCAACAAGGAGUUUAUAUCUGAAUUGGUAAAACUCAUUGGUCCCAAGAAUGACCCUCCAACAGUGGUGCAAGAGAAGGUGCUCAGUCUAAUCCAAUGUUGGGCAGAUGCUUUCCAGAACCAGCCUGAUUUACAGGGCGUCGUACAAGUUUACACUGAAUUGAGGACUAAAGGGGUGGAGUUUCCAAUGACAGAUUUAGACGCGAUGGCUCCCAUAUUCACACCGCAAAGGAGCGUCCCGGACAGUGGUGAACCAAUGAUCGGGUCGCCCCAACGCUCAGCUAUGCCGCAAACCUCGCCCAGCCGACCCACCCAGGAACAAAUAUCUGGAACCGUGACCCUAUCAGAGAGCCAGACCAACAAGUUGCGCGCCGACCUGGCGGUGGUGGAGGGCAACAUGAACGUCAUGAACGACAUGUUGAACGAGCUCACCACGCAGCCACACACCGCGCACCACGACUCCGACAUCGAACUGCUUAAUGAGUUGGCAGACACACUCCGCGCUAUGCAGACUCGCGUGGCGGAGCUGAUCGGGCGACUGGCGGGCGAGUCCCCGCUCACCGGGGAACUACUGCACGCCAACGACAGACUCAACAACCUACUGCUCCGGCACGGACGGUUCAUUAACAACAGAAAUGCCGCUACCGGCGGUGCUACGCCAUCUGCCAUUCUAGGCGCUGCCAUGGGAGUACCUGGAUCAAAUGCUCCAACAUCACCAAAGAAACCUGAUGACGACGCUCUAAUUGAUCUCAGCGAUGACGUACCUGAUAUUGCCAAAUUGAGUGUCCGUGACUCCCAGCCAGACAAGUCCCCGGGCAGCUCUAAGGACGAGUUCGACAUGUUCGCGCAGUCACGGAACCUUACGUACGAGAACUCCAAGACUGGAGGCAGUAGUUACGCAGAUAACUUGGAGGAGCAGUCCUCGGCCGGGCUGGCCUCCAUCGCCAGCCAACGAGCCACGCAGGGACAACCACUUCCGUCGGGCAUGGAUGAAAGGGAGAUCGAUGAAAUAGCGGCAUGGUUAGCUCAAGAGAAGGCUGCAUCAGAAGCAGCAGGUGGGCAAGAGAGCGUCACGAGCAGUGACUUCGACAAGUUCCUGGCGGAGCGCGCCGCCGCGGCCGACAGUCUCCCGCCGGCCAGCCAGGCGGCCGCCGCCCCCGCCAGUGGCAAUGCCAGCGCGCCGCCCGCCAUGCCAGCCGCACUAACCCCCCGCCACCGCCAAAUCAACAAGGAUGACCACGACUCCAUGUUCGCGCUCUGA